AUGCCAUCCGGCGGGCUAGAGGGUGCUGUAUGCAAGCGCCCACAGCAUCAAGGCCCCCAACGUGGGUGCCAACCGUAUAAUCCUAACAUUCUGCUCGUCAAUCUGACGGUCUCAUCCGCUUUCAUCCGCACCAUGACAUCCCACAACGCUCUCGACAGCCCCGACUACUAUGGGGUCGCUUGGAUCGCUGCUCUUCCCAUCGAGCGGGCCGCUGCAAAAGCGAUGCUCGACGAGGAACAUGCGCCUCCAACUGGCUUCGUUAGACACCAAACCGAUGCAAACGUUUAUACAUGGGGGUCGGGCGGCGGCAUCGCCCGACCGGACGAAGAUUACGAUAUACGGCUCGGCGACGUUGUCGUGAGCCGGCCCGACGGGACCACAGGCGGCGUCUGCCAAUACGACUUGAUCAAGGCCAAGUCUGGUGACAGGCGUGAGCGCAAAGGCUUUCUCAGACCACCUCCGACCGUCCUCCUUAAUGCGCUUGUCAGCAUCCAGGCCGAUCACGAGUCGACGUACUCCAAGGUUCCCAACUUCCUUCAACAGAUGCUAAAGAAGAACCCGAAAAUGAACAGGAGAUCCAAGCAAAAUCCUGGCUAUAUUCACCAGGGCACCGACAACGACCGGCUCUUCCAACCUUCAUGCCACCACGUCCCCGGGCCGGACUGUCGGAGUUGUAACACGGCUGGCGAGGUUAAACGCGAUGCUCGAGACACCACCGACCCCGAGAUCCACUACGGGACUAUCGCAUCCGGCAACUCGCUUGUCAAAGACGCCGCCACGCGUGAUCGGAUUGUUGCCGACGUCGGCGUGGACUGCAUCUGCUUUGAGAUGGAAGCAGCCGGCCUGAUGAACCACUUUCCCUGUCUUGUGAUCCGAGGGAUCUGCGACUACGCCGAUUCCCACAAGAACGAUCGAUGGCAACGCUAUGCCUCGGCCACCGCCGCUGCGUAUACCAAGGAGCUCCUAGCAAACUCGAUAGUGUGCAGCAGACCACAGCUGCAGCGAAACUGGCCACUGAUUCCAUCCAGGCCGACCUUCGUACCGAGAAGAUCGAGCGCUGGCUUCGACCCUCUGAUCCGUCUACAAACGCCAACCACGCGAGGGAGCUCCGCCAUGAGGGGACAGGUGCGUGGCUCUUGGAAAGUCCGGUCUUCCAAGAGUGGCACUCGGGGUUGCGUCGAUAUUUAUGGCUGCAUGGGCUCGCGGGAUGUGGAAAGACGGUUCUCAGUGCGACUGUGCUGGAUCAUCUCGCAAAGGGAAACGACCGUCGUAUCCUCAGCUUCUUCUUUGACUUUAGCGACACGGCAAAGCAGACCGUGGAUGCCAUGCUGCGGUCACUUGCUUUCCAACUCUACCGAUGCAGGGCUCGUUCUGCAGGUGUUCUUGACGCCUCAUUCCAAGCACACCAGGAUGGCCGCAACCAACUUGCAACGAAGACGCUCUCAGAUGUUUUAUUCAAGAUGCUCGCAGUCCAGAAGAAAAGUCUCUAUCGUUCUGGAUGCCUUAGACGAGUCGAGAACGAGGGCCGACCUACUCCUCUGGAUUAAGGACGUAGUGUCCAGGCCAGAGCUGGGCCACGUCCAGCUGAUCUGUACCGGUCGGCCUGAAGCCGAGUUCCUGCGCGACAUCCCCCCCGUUGAUAGGCGAGGGAAACAGCUUAGAACUCAACAAGCAGGCUGUCAACGCCGACAUCCGAUCAUACGUCGCAGCACAGCUUUCGCAACGACGCGAAUUUCAGGACAAGCCCUUGUCGCAGGAUCUCCUCGAGCUGAUCCAGACUUAGUGACAGUCGUUCACGCCGCCGGCAAAGAGCUACAUCUUGCCCACUUUUCUGUCAAAGAGUACCUUCUCAGAGACGAGCGGUUCAACAUUACAAUUGCUAGCAUUCCCAUUGCGAGGACGUGCUUGACUUAUCUUACGGACAUAAACGGUAACCACGAAGAGAUUAAGCGGGAUUUUCCAAUGGCAAGAUUUGCGGCGGAAGUCUGGACAUACUAUGCCACGUUCGCUCAGGCUUCGGAAAAUAUGGUUCAAACAACUGUUAGGUUCCUAGAAGAGGAAGUGACGUUUCAGCGGUGGGCUCGUUUGUAUCAGUCUGAUAGGGCCUGGGACGAUGACCCAGGUCCUCCACUAGGUUCCAGGCUCUAUUAUGCUUGCUUCGCUGGGCUCGUGACACCUGCGCAAAUUCUUAUCAGCAAAGGAGCGGACGUCAACGGGCAGGGCGGCUUCUACGGCAACGCUCUCCAAGCCGCCUCAUUGAAAGGCCAUCAAGAGAUUGUCAAACUGCUGUUGGACAAGGGAGCGGACGUCAACGCGCAGGGCGGUGGAUAUGGCAACGCUCUCCGAGCCGCCUCAUUGGAAGGUCACCAAGAGAUUGUCAAACUGCUGUUGGACAAGGGAGCAGACGUCAACGGGCAGGGCGGCGGAUAUGGCAACGCUCUCCGCGCCGCCUCAUUAGAAGGCCAUCAAGAGAUUGUCAAACUACUGUUGGACAAGGGAGCGGACGUCAACGCGCAGGGCGGCUUCUACGGCAACGCUCUCCAGGCCGCCUCACUGAGAGGCCAUCAAGAGGUUGUCAAACCACUGUUGGACAAGGGAGCGGACGUCAACGCGCAGGGCGGCCGAUAUGGCAACGCUCUCCAGGCCGCCUCAUUGGAAGGCCAUCAAGAGAUUGUCAAACUGCUGUUGGACAAGGGAGCAGACGUCAACGCGCAGGGCGGCGGAUAUGGCAACGCUCUCCAGGCCGCCUCAUCGAAAGGCUAUCAAGAGAUUGUCAAACUGUUUGAAAAAAGGGGCGGUAUGACAUCGUCUUUGAAGCGCUCCAGCUCUAGAAUUCCAGGCAACCCGAAAAAAAAACUUCGUCCUAUGGUCCCUGAACCAGUUGAUCAAAUGGCCAAUCGAGAGUAG